AUGGCACCCGUCAAGAGGAGAUCCCAAGCUGGACAUGCGAAGAAGCCUGUGUCGAACAAGAAAAGAGGAAAAGCAGAGCCUUUGCUUGGGGCAGCGUGGGCAGCAUUCCUUCAGCAUCUCGCCAACACCGGACCUACAUGGGCGCUCAUUGCAAUUUCUUUGGCACAUUUAUUGUGCUGCCGCAUCACGGAAAUCUUACGAUUGCAGCUUCAGGACAUCCAAUGGGACACCAAUAAGGUGCGGGUUCGAGAACUCAAGGGGCAUGCUGAGAUGCUAAAGCCCUUAUCCCGAGCCGCAGUCUUGUUCCUGGAGAAGCUCAAGGCUGAAGGCGGUCGAAAGAUUUCUCGCACGAGGAUGUGGGGCAGCAGAGGUUUGGUGACUUUCAUGGAUUGCUGGAAGUUUCCACUCGAAGGUGAAGGUCAUUUGUUUCCGGCUUCACGGAAGGACUGCGCCACACCACACAGGAACAAAGAUGCGAUGGCGAAAGCAAUCCGGACAGCUCGAAAGUCGUUCGUGCCUCCACCCGAAGCAGGUGCCAUUCAAGUAUCGAAGAUACGCAGUCAUUCAGCUCGUCACAGAUGUAUCAACGACCUGAAGCAGAGCGGCACAGCGACAUCCACGGCAAUGCGCUUCUCCAGAAUCCGGUCUUGUCAAGUGUUCAACGGCUACGGUCAACAGUCAGAAGAUCAGAUUGCAGAGGCUUUGCUAGCUAACGCGAACCUUCAGCAGCUGUGGCUUGACAUCUACUCCUGA